AUGAAGAAGAUUCAAAAAAUUGGAAACUAUACAAGAGCUUAUAUUGGAGGUGACAAUGGUACUUAUACGCAAACACCUCCUGUUUCAGCACCUGGUUAUAUGAAUUUACUCACCGGUACGUGGGCUAAUAAACACAAUGUGUAUGAUAAUUAUGUUAACGCUCCCAAUUACCAUUAUAAAAAUAUUUUUCGACUCUUUAAAGAACAUUAUUCUGAUAAAAAGAUUGCCAUUUUCUCAACUUGGAUAGAUAAUCGUAUCAAACUCAUUGGUGAAGGAUCAGCCAUAGCAGGUAAUAUUACAUUCGAUUAUAAAUUCGAUGGAUACGAACGCGAUCAGAUUAUGUAUCCUCAUGAUCCAGAUGAGCAUUAUAUCUUUGACAUUGAUCAACGUGUGACUAAUGAAACUUCAGCAUGUAUCAAAAUCUAUGGACCUGAUCUUUCAUGGGUUUAUUUACAAUAUACUGAUGACGUAGGACAUAAGUUUGGUGACAGUGAACAAUUCAAACAAGCAGUCAUUAAUGUUGACUAUCAAAUAGGGCAAAUUUGGGAAGCUAUUAAUUACCGAAUGACACAUUAUCAAGAAGAUUGGAUAAUCAUUAUAACGACAGAUCAUGGCAGAGAUCCAGUAACAGGCAAAGAACAUGAUGAUCAGACUGACAGAGAACGAACAAUUUGGAUAAUUAUAAAUAGUCAAGAAAUGAAUACUUAUUUUCAUGGUUUUCAACCUGCCAUAGUUGAUAUAUAUCCAACAAUUGCAAAAUUCAUGAAUCUUAACAUUCCAAUUGAAUCUGAAAGAGAAUUAGAUGGAGUACCAUUGACAGGAAAAGUAUCAUUAAUAAAACCAAAUGUCAAGUUGUAUGAUGUUAGUUUAGAAAUUAGUUGGACAGUUUUAGAUCCAACUGGAAAUGUAAAAGUAUGGCUAUCAACUACAAAUUCAUUUAAGGAUGGUAUAACAGACAAUUACUAUUUAAUCAAAACAGUACCUAUACACAACAACAUGAUUAUCGUUGAUAUAACAGGAUAUCAAUCAAACUUCUAUAAAAUAGCUCUCGAAGGGCAAUAUAAUACGGUGAAUAGAUGGGUAUUUCGAUCAUGA